AUGGUUGCAUUGGACCGUUCAGAGGUCGGCGAAGAAAGUUUCCAGCGAGGGCAGAGCGCACAGGAACUCUCAGAAGCUUUAAGAAUCCACCAAAGCCCGUCUUUGCAGGACAGCUCUGGAAAAGCCAAGGGAACACGCCUCCAACCCGAGCACCCCUGCAGCCUGGCACUCCCGGAACCUAGGCUGCUGCGCCCGCUCCGAACCCCGGCUACUGGCGUGAACCUCCCCACUAUGCCCAGAGCCACUCCGCCGCGCAGCCUCCGGGCGUCAGACUGGGAAGACGCGGAGAUGGAUAUUCUGGGAGAGGAGGAGGAAGACACCGCCUCCGAGGAGGAGGGGGAGGAGGGAGACCUGCAGGCGAAGGGCAGCCCGCGGCUCCCAGCGCAGCCGCUACAGCCCAGGCCGCAGGGGGUGCUGCCCCGAGGGCGCACGGUGAGCAGCAGCGACCCGGGAGGCUCCCCGGAGCUCGGCGCCUGCUUGGGGGCGCCCGGGGCUGGGCUGACCAAGCCCCCAUACUCCUACAUCGCGCUUAUCACCAUGGCCAUCCUGCAGAGCCCGUGCCAGCGCCUGACGCUCAGCGCCAUCUGCGCCUUCAUCAGCGAGCGCUUCCCCUACUACCGCCGCCGCUUCCCAGCCUGGCAGAACAGCAUCCGCCACAACCUGUCGCUCAACGACUGCUUCGUCAAGAUCCCCCGCGAGCCGGGCCACCAGGGCAAGGGCAACUACUGGGGCCUGGACCCUGCCUCCCAGGACAUGUUCGACAACGGCAGCUUCCUUCGCCGCCGGAAGCGCUUCAAGCGCCGGCCCCCGCCCCCGGGAGCCCAGCCACAUCCCCUCUACCCCCUGCCCGCCGCGCCCCCAGCCCUGCACUGCCCCUGCCGUGGCCCCGGCCUGCUGCUCGGACCGCGGCCCGUCGGGGGCUCCAGCGCCUCGGCCGAGUCCGGGAGUCCCGGUUGCGCGCUGCUGCACCCGCACCCCCUGCGCUACCUGCUGCUCUCCGCCCUGCCCUGCGCUGGGGCGCCCACGAAGGCGCCCCUAGAGACCACUUUCGCCCUCCGGGAGCCGCAGCCAGAGCAUGACUUCCCGCUUUGGGAAGGGGGGCUGGGGCGCGCGUCGCGGCUGGGAGGCUGCUGCACCUCCUUCAGCAUCGACAGCAUCUUGCGGGGGGUCCGAGGAGUUGGCGGCGGGGGCCCCGGGAAGUGCGCGCCCCCGACGUCCUGGGGCCUUUGCCACCUGCUCCAGCGCCCCGCGUGCCUGCCGCCUCCCCAACCCGCUUCGCCCUGGAUCCGGGUUUCUGCCGCCCGGACUGUCUUGCAGUUGCAGCAGCAGCAGCAGCAGCAGCAGCAGCAGCAGCAGCAGCAGCAGCAGCACUGCAUCAGCGGCUGCGCGCCCGCCAAUAGGAUGCCGCUGGGCCUGCACCUGUCUGCAGCUGCUGAGCUGCUGGGCCGCCAGCCCAGAGCCGAAGGCUCUAGGUUGACUUCACUAGUCAGCAGAGAAGGGACCUCUCAGGCCUUUUGAUAAGCUUCCGCACCUUGCCCUGGCGCCUAUCAAAGGCUGCACAUGGGUGGAGACUGGAGGGCAGCGCAGCCCGAUGUCCUGAGGUCCCCUCGCAGGUCCCAGAGCACCAGGGAGAGUUCAGCUGGAACCCGCUCAAGCGUGCUUCUGAAAAGCCACCGCUUUCAGUUCCUGGCAAAAUAUUUGCGAAGAUGUAGGGGAGUGCUGGCUGAAGUAAACUUUGGACAGUAUUAUAAAUCUCAUCUUGUCUUUUCCAGGCUCCAGGAAUUUUUCUGAUUUGCACAUUUUCCGAGGAACUGUAAAUGUGAGUGGGGCGUUUUGUUCUAGGAUUAAAGGAAACAACAAGACCAGAGAAAGAAAGAAAGAAAGAAAGAAAGAAAGAAGAGGAAAGACUAUAUUCUUGACCAUUAGAAAAAAAUAUAUAUAUGGAGAGAGAGAGAGAGAGAGAAAGAAGAGAGAGAAAGAAAGAAAAAAUGUGCAAUAUAAGGCAUGCCCCCUUCUUCAUCCUGUAGAAACUGCACUACUAUAAAGCAGAGUAUAGUGCUCAGGCAGAAAGACCAAUAUAUAACAUGUUCUCCCUUCUUCAUCCUGUAGAAAUGACAUUAUUCCCAAAUACAAAAUGUUACAUGUCUUGAUCAAUGUGUAAUCGGAGUAGAAUUUUAAUUUCACGUGAAGAAAUGUAAAAAUUAAAACUAGCUGUAUAGACUAAAUAAAAUAUUAAGUCACUAUAUUAUUCCUCACUUCCAAAAUGGGACAUCUUUUAAAACUUUGUUCUUUCUUCCCAAUUAAAUAGCUUAGUUGGGAAGAAGAGAUAUUUGAAACAACCCAUUUCAAGGUGGCUUAAGA